AUGAGCUCGCUCGAAAGUGCAAUCACUGGGGCAGUAGCUUCUUGUUUCGCAGAUAUUGUUGUAUAUCCUUUAGAUGUAGCCAAGACUUUUGUCCAGACGCAGGUCAAACAGGACAAAGCGGCAGUUUCCGAUGACCGUGAUAAUGGUGACGAGUUUUACGAGCAUACAGGCGAUGCGUUAGUCAAGAUAUUCAAAACUAAAGGAUUUUCAGGUCUUUACCGGGGACUUCCAGCGUCCCUUUUGGCAGGUUUCUUGCAGAGCUUUUCCUAUUUUUUUUGGUACAGCGUUGUGCGAAAGACCUUUUUCAGAUACAAACUUCUUCGUGGUAAAAUUUCCAAGUUCAGCACACCAGAAGAGCUGGUUUUGGGCAUUUUGGCGGCCGCCGUUUCUCAACUAUUCACGAACCCUAUUAAUGUCAUCUCAAAGCGUCAGCAAACGAGUUCCGCAUCGGCCAGCACCGGUAUUCAAGAUAUCUUCAAACAAAUAGCCCAGGAUGACGCCCACUAUACGGGGUUUUGGAAAGGUCUAAAAGUCUCAUUGAUACUAACGGUUAACCCCUCUAUCACCUAUGCGUCUUACGAAAGACUAAAAGAUCUUUAUUUCACAACAAACAGCAGUAUUCAUCAAAAAGAGCUGCUCGAUUCGUCUGCACAACUGACGCCCCGCCAGAACUUCGUUUUGGGUGUCUUCUCCAAGAUGAUCUCCACGAUCAUCACGCAACCACUUAUCAUAUCCAAAGCAUGGUUGCAACGCGAUAAUUCCAGGUUCAGAUCAUUCCAAGAAGUUCUAGUGUAUCUUUAUACACAUGAGGGUGAACUGGCACUUUGGAAAGGGCUUUCUCCACAAUUAUUCAAGGGUGUCCUGGUGCAGGGUCUAAUGCUGAUGUUCAAAGGUGAAUUGACAAAAUUCGCAAGACGCCUUUCCCUGUUUCUGAGAGUUUUGCGGGACUCAAAGCGAGUAUCAGCCGUUUAA